CCGGCACCCAGCAGGGAGAGUGUGUCAGAGACACGGGGAGUGGGGGAGGCUAUCCCACCGGUUCUGUGUUACAGCCGUCCCUCCCCCAACCCCAACCUCCCCCUGACCAUGUCACACACACACACAGAGAGAGAGAGAGAGAGAGGUCUGCAUUUCCAGGAAACAGAAAUGAAAGUAAAAGUGCUGGAUCUUUCGGCGCCUGCCUGGUUUCGAAGCUGUGCUGAGUUGGGGGAAAAGGACAGGGAGGAAUAUUGACUCAGUCGCUCCUCGCUGGAGAUGGAGUUUCUGUUUUACAAACUGCCCCUCAUCCUCAGCGUCUGCUCAGUACCAGCACUGAGCGAUGGCGGUCUCUCUGAGAACAUUGGCACUCUGGUUGACUGCUGGUUCGUGGAAGAACGUGGUGGAAAGAGCAGCUUCCCCAGUUCCAUCACCCAGGAACCAGCCGCCCUGCUCCUUCGCCACAUCCCGUACGAGGACAGAGAGUUUCCAGAACUUCCCGCCGACCUGCCCCUGCCCUCUGAGCUGAAGCCCGGCAGGUUCUUCGAAGUGAGAGAUUACUCACGGAUCAUGGCCCACCCCGGGUUCAGGGAGCCGAGAAACCCGAGGGAGAAGCCGCACUGCGAGAUUAAUACGUAUGGCCCACAGGAUUCUAGCGUCUCCUGGGCCACCCGCCUGACUGAAGAUGAAAAGACUCCAGCCUAUCAGUCCAGCAGCUGGUUCUGUAGCCACCUCCAGACUUUCGACCUGUCUUUCAGCGUGGCCAGUGUCCAUCGGGUCACCUCGGGCCUCAGGGAGACGGACGAUCUCUCUCCGCUUCAUACCUCAGUUGUCCUGAAUGUCUUCACCAGUACUCCAAGCAUGAAGACAAGGCUGAAACGUGACGUCCUCCUGGACUGCGGUUUCACCAUGGACAGGCAGACCGGUUUUGCCGUGGAGUGGCGCUACCAGUUCAAGGGCAGCGGGCACCUGGUUUACGCCUACAAUGGUGCUCAGGACCGGGUGGACAUGGCACAGGAGGGCACGGAGAUGUUCUUCUACGAGGCACACAGUCGGGGAAAUGCCUCGCUCUUGAUCCGGAACGUGGAAAUGAGGCACGAAGGGAGCUACAUCUGCACCGUCUACAUGCCGAACCUACACGCUCAGCAAUCCAUUGACCUCGAGAUUGCAGGUAAAACUCAAUAACCCCACCUGUUCUCA